AUGGCCCCCUCCAACUCUAAUCUCUCGCUCCCGCUUCAUCCUCCCGCCUCUACCACGUCCAAUGACGAGGAAGACUACGACGUUUAUCUGUUCUACCCGUCUCGCAACCAGAUCUACCAGCGUGCACGUCAAUCGUCUUGGGAGCCAUCGUGGGACGAUGGCCUAUGGUCUUCUUCUGACGUCUCCGAUCCUUCGUCUCCCACUUAUUCGUAUGACUCGGACUUCGUCUACCCCAACCCUGCGGACGAUCAUGGCAUCUCAGUCUUUGGCUACAGCUCCCUCUUCAGGAGGGGACUUUGGGCUCAGUCCCGACGUAUCUCCCGACGUUUCGACGAUUUCGUUGCAAAAAUCAUCAACGCGUGGCGUUGCCUGAAGAUGUGUUUCGGUCGCCGCGCGCACUCGACUUCACCGGUAUAGAAUGCACCUCCGACCAUCUUGGGUGGGACGGCUACGGCCACCAAAAACGCGCGCGCGUAAGCGCUGAGUCGCGUUGUACAAGAGAUAUGCUGGAUCGCUUACAUCUCUGUUUGCUCCUGUAUCAUACUAAACGUCAUUCGAAUUCACUAUGAAC